AUGGCCCCUCCCUCCGCACAGAUGGAUUACGAAAAAUCCUGGCUGGGAAAUAGCCUCUUCGUGGAGGGGCCAUCGACCAUCGAUGGUUCCCCUCAAGUGACAAACGGCUUCGAUGUCAUGACGUUCGACAUGACUGACCUGGUCAGAAAAAUUCAGGAACUGAGUCACCUGGGUAUCGAGGACAAUAAAAUUGCCCUCCCCAAGAUCUGUGUGGUCGGUGACCAAAGUACUGGCAAGAGCUCUCUCAUCGAGGGUAUUUCCGAAAUCCAGGUUCCUCGCAGUGCAGGCACCUGCACUCGUUGCCCUAUGGAAAUCAACCUCUCGGAAAGCAAACCUGGGGAGGCAUGGAAGUGUGUUGUGUACCUCUCCCGCAGAUACUGGUAUGAUCCUUCUAAGCAGAUGCGGGCUGUUCCACGAAAGGCUCAGUCGCUGGGACCCUGGGUUCCUAUCGGUGGGCGAGAUGAAGAGGUCUUCAUCACUCUGACUAACAAGUCAGAAGUUGAAAAUGCGAUCAAGUGGGCGCAGAUUGCCAUCUUGAACCCCAACAGCGAUUCUGAAAUCUACAUUCCCGGGAAGAACCAACGAUCCGCUGAUACAACCGCUGUGAAGUUCUCGCCGAACGUUGUGCGUCUGGACAUUUCCGCCCCUGGAUUCCCGGCCUUGUCAUUCUAUGAUCUACCGGGCGUUAUCAGUCAGCCCGAGCAUGAUGACGAAACAUAUCUUGUCGGCCUUGUCGAGAACCUCGUGAAGCACUAUGUCUCGCAAGAGAACUGUAUUGUGCUAUUGACUUUAACUAUGACUGACGAUGCCACCAACUCGAGUGCCGCAAGGCUGAUCCGGGACAUCAAGUCAGCAAAGGAGCGCACUCUGGGUGUCCUGACCAAGCCCGAUCGUAUCUCUGAAAUGGAAUCCUUCGAUCAAUGGAAGGAAAUACUUGCGGGAGAAAAGUUCAAACUUGGCCAUGGAUAUUUUGUUGUACGAAACAACCAAGAUCCUAAGGUAGAUCACGCGAAGGCCCGGAUGGAAGAAGACGUGUUCUUCUCAGACCCAUUCUGGGUGGGAAUGAUGUCUCAAUAUCGGGACCGCUUCGGAGUUCGGCGCCUGCAGACGGCUUUAUCUGCCAUAUUGAUGGACCAGAUUCAAAAAUGCCUGCCAUCCAUCAUCGCGAAAAUCAACGAGAAGGCAUCUCGGAUUGAUGCGGAGCUUGCGACUCUCCCCGAUCCACCUACGGAGAAUUAUCAGCGGAUUCUGAUCGAGAAGGUCACUAAGCUUGGUAUGAAGUUCCGUGGAGUUUUCGACGGGGGUUCUGGCUAUGGAAAAUCAAGCAACAUGCUCCCAAAGUUCUGGAAUCGUCUCGCGAUGGACUUCCAGAAGUCAUUGGCAGUAACAAAGCCGACAUUGAUCACGGUUACUGCCUUCGACGUUGAAAUAAAGCCGGAGAGAAUGGAUGGUGACUACGAUGCGAUGGCCAUUCAAACGCCACCACGCUUCAAGCGUAAAGCGCCUGGCACAGAUUCCAGACCUCCAGAUGUACAAACUCACGCCAACGUGGUCACCAUUCCAGAGUCUAUCUACUUGACAAAGGAUGUCUUCGACAAGUGGAAUGGAGCCAGCCGAAGGUUCACCUUGAGUGAAAUUCGAGAUAUGAAAGAAGAGUCGCACCGGGCUGGGAUCCCGAACCAGAUUGACCCCAGCGCGAUCGAGGCCCUUAAUCGCGCAAGCGUUAAGCACUGGGAUGGCCUAACCAGUACUUUUGUGGUUGCAACCUGCAACCUCGUGAUGAGGGUACUGGGCAUGAACCUAGAUGAGGAGAUUGCUCAGUAUCACCAAACUGGCCUCUACCGGGAACUUCGUCGCGUGAUCAAUGAGUUUGUCACACAGCUUCGGACGGAGUUCUUGGAUGAUGCCAUGGCACAUUACCAGAUCGAGCAUCAGAAGCCAUUCACAAUGGCUCAGUCGCUUCACAAGGAAGCACAGAAGACUGCUCUUCGGGGAUUGAUCAAUGGGCGAAACCGUUCACGCGCGAAAACCUUCCUUCGAGGCGCCGGAUAUGACCCGGACGACGAAACGAAUAUUUCCAAGACAAUUGAGAAACUCAUUCCCGACGGGUAUUCCCAGGAGAUUGAGAUGAUGGCGAGUUCACGGGCAUAUUACGAGAUUGCGAGCUCCCGUUUUCUUGAUGUAAUUUGUCAGUCGGCUCACGCUAAGGUGUUCUCGAAAUGCCGUGAUGAGUUGAUCCAUGUGAUCAAUGCCGAGUUGAAUGCCAAUUCCGUCGAGAGGUGCAUGGAACUGAUGGCUGAAGACCCCGAGCGGCAACGGCGUCGAUGCACCCUCAUCAGUGAGCGAGCCAAGCUGAGCAAGGCUCAGGAAUGGAUCAAUUCCAUCCACCACAAGGACGGAGAUGAAGACAUGACGACCACGGAUAACACUGUGGCAGAUGGCUUUUCGCCAAUGGAUGACUGGGUGGAUGAGUGUGUCUAA